UGAUGCAUUACUCUUGCACUCGGUCGGAUAAUACUUCAGUCGAUCAAGAUUGACGUGAGAUCGCGACGUCAUCACGUCACAAUUUCAUUGAAACUAGUUUUCGGAGCGGGAAUGGUAUGAAGACAUAUCGGUUUCGAAAAUCAAGAGAUUGCAAAAAGUUACGCGUAUCACAAUGCCGCCAAGUAGCUUACGGGUAGUGUACGCGUUCGCCAGAGAAAUGCAUCCGAAAACGACCGAUGUUUUCAUACAAUACGGCACAGCCGGAUUCCGCACAAAGGCCAUCUUGUUGGAACAUGUGGUCUACCGCAUGGGAUUGUUGGCUGUUAUCCGCUCCAGGGUGAAGAAUGGUCGCACAAUAGGAAUGAUGAUAACCGCAUCGCACAAUUUGGAGCCAGACAACGGUGUGAAGUUGGUUGACCCUGACGGUGAGAUGCUGGAGGAAGAAUGGGAGUCUCUUGCGACGAAAUUGGCUAAUGUCAGUGACAAUGAUCUGGAAGCGACGACGAUGGAGAUCAUACAGGAGGUCAAGGCUGAUAUGACCCUGAAGGCCAGUGUAUUCAUUGGGAUGGACACCAGAUACACAAGUCCUCGACUAGCUGCAGCGGCGGCGAAUGGCGUGAUUGCUCUGAAGGGGACUCCGAAGGAGUUCGGCAUAGUGACCACUCCCAUGUUGCACUUCUUCGUCAAGUGCCGCAAUGAUAAUUCUUACGGAACUCCCACUGAAGAAGGAUAUUAUGAGAAAAUCAUAGGCGCAUACAAGAACAUGCGCAAGAGUCUACCGACAAGAGGGGACUACUCCCCCUGUUUGUACGUAGAUGGCGCCAAUGGUGUAGGGGGCAAGAAACUAAAGAAUGUAAAGAAAAACUUCGACGAGGAGGAACUUGAACUACAUCUGUUUAAUUUGGGCGGGUCUGGAGAGAAGCUGAAUUUGGGUUGCGGUGCAGACCAUGUGAAAGUGACGCAGACCCCCGCUAAGGGCAUCCCGAGCACGCCGUACCAACGUAUCGCAUCACUCGACGGAGACGGCGACCGACUGGUGUAUUAUUAUACUGAUGACAAGGACAAAAUGCACCUAUUAGACGGAGACCGUAUAGCCACGCUGCUAGCUUCAUACAUCACGGAGUUGUUGCAGCAAUGCCAGACUACUGAGAUACAACUCGGCAUAGUACAGACUGCGUACGCCAACGGAGCCUCCACUAAAUAUAUCACUGAUACUCUUAAAAUCCCAGUUCAAUGCGUAAAGACCGGAGUGAAACACUUACACAGCGCAGCGCACAAGUACGACAUCGGAGUUUACUUCGAGGCCAACGGACACGGCACUGUACUCUACAGCAGUAAGGCCAAGAAUGUCAUCAGCAGGAUAGCCAAGGAGGGAGACCCAGAACCACGCGAAGCAGCAAAAUUACUAAACCAAUUCAUAGAGAUGACGAACGAAACAGUGGGCGAUGCGAUAUCGGACCUACUACUGGUGGAGACUGUACUCUGUGCGCGAGGCAUCUCCGCCGUGCAGUGGAUGCAGAUAUACAGGGACCUGCCUUGUAGGCAACUCAAAGUUACUGUCGCGGAGGCAGACACAUUAGCAGCGGAAGUAUGUCAAGCAGUAUUCGACCUCGCCGGCGGUGUCGGCAACCGACCUGAACUGCCCAAGACUUCGGAAGAAUAACAACACGUCAUGCUAAUAGAUAGAAUAAGUUACUAAACUGACAUAGUCACGAAUAGUUAGGGUUUAAAAUGGGAUAUUCAUAAUUGUCAUGUUUUUCCAAAUAUUACCCCCACGCUGGCAAUUGCUCCUGUGUCGUGGAUACGUUGACAAACAUAAAAAUUCAUAUGCACAUCACACCAAGACCCGGAACACUAAUUUGUGGAUGUUUUAGUUUUCUUCUGCGUUUCUACGCUUGUAAUAGAAAAGUCACGAAAAUAGUUUCUUAAUGGCGUAUUAUGACGUCUUAUAGCCAGAACGGAUACGUUGAGGGAACGAGAUCUCGCUAGACGACUUGUAUAGCUCUGUUUCUUUCCUUCAAUGGAACCACUUGACUUUAGGACGUCAUAAGAACCCCGUUGGUCUUGAAAGCAGAAAUGGAGGUACAAGUCGCACCUGGCUGAAACCAAAUUUAUUUUUUGGUUAGUCAUGACAGAUUUUUGGGGCUCUAAGUAGCCGGCAAUCAGAAACAAAACGACAUGGUGAGUAUCCCAUUAUACAUUCUAAUCAAUAUUAUUAUCUUUAUAAUGUCACAACAGAACAAAUCAUUGUUAAUAAAUCGGCGGUAUAUCACAAUUUUACUUUUUAAGUCUUUAGGUUUGUUCAUAAUUAUGUGUUUAAUAUAAUAUAGGUUGUUCUUCUUGAUUGUUAAACUUUUUUUAAAGGAGGUUUAAUUUUCUCCUUUUUUGAAUUAAAUGAGGUUUUAACCUGAUUCAGCUGGAUGUCUCAUAGAAAAAAGAGACUAUUGUAUGCAUGUACUGUCAGCCAAAAUAUUUUGUAUGCAAGUAGAGAUAUAGUAAAGGUUGAUACUACACAGAGCCGAGCUACAAAGAUAUGGCUUGCUUAAAGAGCAUAGAAUUUUACUUUUCUAAACUGUGUACCAAAUGACUUGGCUGACUGUAAUUAUAAACAAAUUAGUAACAAUUGUAAUCUUACAAUUUAUUAAGGCUUUGACUGCCAAUAAAAACUGUUGAAGGCAAAUAAGGCUAAAGCCGGUCACCGAUGACCAUCAUGGCGUUUAAAAUGUGUUAAUUAGUGAAUUUUGCAGAGGUCAUCUUGUACAAAUUACUGGUUGAAUUUGACCUCUGUCUUCCCCUUCUGGGAGUUUAAAGUGUGAUGCUAUGAGGUGAAUAAAUCUAAAGACAAAAAUAUAUUGACUUAUCGGAAUUGUUAGUUAUUGGAAAAAUAUAAUAUUAGUAAAAUGUCGCCAUGCGAUUGUUAAAAAAUUAUUCUCUUUGAAAUUUAAUCGACGGAAGUGUAUUGUAAAAUUAUGUACAAUAUUAUUCUAAUAAUCAUUAAUUAAUUUUAUUACUUAUACAGUUUAAUACAAGUAACUUAGUUUCUUAGUUUAAUUUUUCAUACAUUUAAAGGGUCAUCUAUAAAUUAUGUCACACGAUUGAGUAUCAAGAAAAUGUGUCAUGUUGGAAACGAAAAGCUUUGCGAAAUCCCAUGUAAAAAAUCAUUUUGAACAUUUGUUCAUACAAACUUAGUUUAUAAUCAUCGGAAAUAAGGUGUAUAAUGGAGUAAGUGGAGAGCGGUCAUCCGUGACCGCUUUGGGACUGGGCAAGAUAUAUGUAUAUCAAACGCUAUACACGAUACAAACGGUUGUUAAAAUCAUGAUCCAUACUGCAUUAUGACCUGAAAAACUGACUAAAAUUUACAAAAAGAAAAUGCCAUACACAAAAUUUGACAGGCAUUUUGACACCUGUCAAUGCCAAACGGGAAGUCGUAGUAUCUCAAGGUGUGACGUAAUUUGUAUUGUACCCUAAUCGUUUCAGUACAACGCACUGCUAGUCGUAUUGGUUUUAUUUAAGUGCGUGGUUCGGACCAAUGUUUUAUACUCUUUUUUUAUUUGCAAAAAUCUUUUUAUUAACCAGCGUUUACUGGGCAACAAAUGGUAGUGGACUAUGACGUCAUUUUGCAUUAAUAUGAUUGUGCUACGUAAGCUACAGUUUGCUGCGUGAUGCCUGGUAGAUUUUCGUAUGCAACAUAAAUUAAUUUUUUGUUUUGAGAAACCAUUUU